AUCACAGCUGUCAUGGUGGACAGAAAUAUGACGAAGGAGGAACCGGGUACAACAUACCUGUUUAAUUUCAUAGAAUUUGACAUGCUUUAAUGUGGUCAGAUGUUUUAAUGUAAGAAUGACAGCCGGCACCAAGCCACACGAUAUGUUCCUAACCCGUGCAUUAGAGAAAAUACUUAGUGACAAGGAGAUCAAAAAGUCAUAUCAUUCACAGCUGAAAAAAGCUUGUGAAGUUGCUCUAGAAGAGUUAAAGGAUGAUAGCAGUUCUAAUGGGAACCAGUCAUCGUCAGCCUUGCCGCAGCCCAAGAAAGCAGGAUUUGUCGAGGCAGACAAGUAUUUCCUGCCAUUUGAAUUAGCUUGCCAAUCAAAAUGUGCCAGGAUUGUCAACAUAGCAUUAGACUGUCUACAGAAACUGAUAGCCUAUGGACACCUCACUGGGAGCACAGUGGACAGCACCACCCCUGGCAAGCUCCUGAUUGACAGAAUCGUGGAGACUAUUUGUGGCUGUUUCCAUGGCCCACAGACAGAUGAAGGGGUGCAGCUACAGAUUAUCAAGGCACUGUUGACAGUGGUGACCUCUAACACCUGUGAGAUACAUGAGGGUACUGUGCUUCAGACAGUGAGGACGUGUUACAAUAUUUACCUGGCCAGUAAAAACCUGAUCAAUCAGACCACGGCGAAGGCCACCCUCACUCAGAUGCUUAAUGUCAUCUUCUCAAGGAUGGAGGCUCAAGCCGCCCAGGAAGCAAAGGAAAGGGAAAGAAGUGAUAGCAAGAGUUCUAAAAAAGAGGAUGCAGGAAUAGAUAUGGAGGAAGGAAAACAAGAGGAGGAGACAGAAAAAGAAGGAGAUGAUGAGAGACAUGAAACCACUGAGGAGGAGGAGAAGGAGGAGUCACCUCUAGAGGUUGUACAGGAAGUUUUGGAGGAAAUGAUUAGUCAGGUGACUGGAGAGGACACGCCCAACAAAGAAAAUACAGACCAAUUGACACCUGAAGAAACUGGUUCUCCAACAGAAACUGGUAGCCAGCCAGAAAGUUCUGAGCAGGCCCCACCUACAAAUAUAUCUGAUAACCAAGACAAUCUCAGUGUAUCUGGCAAUGUGGACGGUGAGGUGACACAGGGGGUGUUUAGUCACAUUCUUCAGAAGGAUGCCUUCCUUGUGUUCAGAAGUCUUUGUAAAUUGUCCAUGAAACCUUUGGCUGAUGGACCACCAGAUCCAAAGUCACAUGAGCUUCGCUCUAAAGCCCUUUCGUUACAACUUCUAUUAUCCAUUCUACAAAAUGCUGGACCAGUCUUCAAAACUAAUGAGAUGUUUAUUAAUGCCAUAAAACAGUACUUGUGUGUGGCUUUGUCCAAAAACGGGGUCAGCUCAGUCCCAGAAGUGUUUGAGCUGUCCCUGGCCAUAUUCCUCACCCUGUUGUCAAACUUCAAACAGCAUCUGAAGAUGCAAAUUGAGGUAAAAUAUUGUGAAUUUCUGUAUAUCUUGGAGACACCAAGCAGUUCUUUUGAGCACAAGUGGAUGGUCAUUCAGGCUCUGACAAGAAUUUGUGCAGGUUUGCAGUUUUUUUCAUGAAAAAAUAUUCACGGAGCUUACAGAACUUGUACACUAGUAGUAAAAAAAUUAACAUUGGUCUGAAAGUUAGGGCACAAAAUUGAAAAGAUUUCAUUAAUUAAGAGUUUUGAAAAUAAGUAAUAAUGUGUACUCUUUAUAGGUGCUACUCCAAUUCAAGAAAAGAGCAUUAGAAUCAAAGGCCUGGAAUGCUUGGUGUCAGUUCUGAAGUGUAUGGUUGAAUGGAGCAAGGAUCUUUAUGUCAAUCCACACUCUCAGUCCAAUUUAGGUCAAGAAAAUAUGCCCAGCACAGAGACAGACAGUGACUCUGGGAAGGGUACUAUGACAAGUUAUGGCAGUGUGAACUCACUGAAUACCAAUGAUGGUGCACAGACACCUAGUACUCCGCUAGAUAAUCCUGAACAGUUCGAAACUCAGAAACAGCAGAAAGAGAUAAUGGAAACAGGCAUUGAUAUGUUUAACAAGAAACCAAAAAGAGGUCUGCAGUAUUUACAGGAGCAUGGGAUGCUGGGAAGUACCCCAGAUGAUAUUGCUGAAUUUUUUCACUCAGAUGAAAGAUUAGAUAAGACUGUUAUUGGAGAUUUUCUAGGAGAGAAUGAAAAGUUCAACAAGGAGGUGAUGUAUGCUUAUGUGGACCAGCUGCGCUUUCAAGAAAUGGACUUUGUAUCUGCCCUGCGAAGAUUUCUAGAAGGAUUUCGGCUACCAGGGGAAGCCCAGAAAAUUGACAGACUGAUGGAAAAGUUUGCUUCUCGCUACUGUGUUUGCAAUUCCAACACGAACCUGUUUGCUAGUGCCGAUACAGCAUACGUGUUAGCUUACUCCAUCAUCAUGUUAACCACAGACCUCCACAGUCCACAGGUAAUCCAUAAGAUGACAAAGGAACAGUAUAUUAAGAUGAACAGGGGCAUUAAUGACAGCAAAGAUCUUCCUGAGGAAUAUUUAUCACAGAUCUAUGAUGAGAUCGCGGGGAAUGAAAUCAAAAUGAAGGUUGUAGGUGGAGUCAAACCAAAUAAGUCAUCUCGUGACAUCACCAGUGACAAGCAGCGUCGUCUGCUGUAUAAUGUGGAGAUGGACAAGAUGGCCAGCACGGCUAAAGCUUUAAUGGAGAGUGUCAGUCACGUCCAAUCAAACUUCACCAGUGCCACACACUUUGAACAUGUUCGACCAAUGUUUAAGAUGGCCUGGACCCCAUUUUUGGCUGCAUUCAGUGUGGGACUACAAGACUGUGAUGAUUCUAACAUUGCCACUCUCUGCUUGGAUGGAAUACGAUGUGCCAUUAGAAUAGCUUGUAUAUUUCACAUGGAGCUGGAGAGAGAUGCAUAUGUGCAGGCUUUAGCCAGGUUUACCCUUCUCACCGCCUCCUCAUCACUGACAGACAUGAAAACCAAGAACAUUGAUACAAUCAAAACCCUCAUCUCUGUGGCUCACACAGACGGCAACUAUCUGGGAAAAUCCUGGCUAGAGAUUGCAAAAUGCAUUUCACAACUAGAACUUGCCCAGUUAAUUGGUACUGGAGUGAAACCAAGGUCAAACAAAGGUCAUCAUAGGGAAAGGGAAAUACAUAAUGCAGGGCAUCCACUGGAGGCAUUUGACCCAGAAGUGAUAGCUAAGGGUGGUCUGGACUCUAAGAGACUGGCAAACCUCCAGGAGCAGAUGGGGGAGACGAGCUCUCAGAGUGUGGUGGUGGCUGUUGAUAGGAUCUUCACAGGAUCCGUCAAACUGGAUGGAGAUGCCAUAGUGGAGUUUGUAAAGGCUCUUUGUCAAGUAUCUAUGGAUGAACUUUCCAAUGUGAAUCACCCACGGAUGUUCAGCUUGACAAAGAUAGUAGAGAUUUCCUACUAUAACAUGGGGCGUAUUAGAUUGCAGUGGUCAAGGAUCUGGCAGAUCAUAGGUGAUCACUUUAAUAAGGUGGGCUGUAAUCCCAAUGAAGACAUUGCUUUUUUUGCUGUGGAUUCCCUGAGACAGCUUUCUAUGAAGUUCAUAGAAAAAGGAGAGUUUGCCAACUUCCGCUUCCAGAAAGACUUUCUCAGGCCUUUCGAACAUAUUAUGAAAAGAAACAGAUCUCCCACUAUAAGAGACAUGGUGGUCCGUUGUGUUGCUCAGAUGGUAAACUCCCAACAUGCAAACAUUCGUUCUGGCUGGAAGAAUAUUUUUGGAGUGUUUCAUUUAGCUGCUUCUGAUCAUGAAGAAAGCAUUGUAGAGCUAGCAUUCCAGACCACAGGCAGAAUUAUAUCCAGCAUAUGUGAGAAACAUUUUGCUUCCAUUAUCGACUCAUUCCAAGAUGCAGUUAAAUGUCUUUCUGAGUUUGCAUGUAAUGCUGCCUUCCCUGAUACAAGUAUGGAAGCCAUUAGGCUGAUCAGGAACUGUGCAAAAUAUGUCGCCGAAAAACCCCACAUGUUCAAAGAUCAUGGAGGCGAGGAUCUAAAUAUUCCAGAGGAGGAUCGUGUGUGGGUGAGGGGGUGGUUUCCAGUGUUGUUUGAACUGUCUUGUGUAAUCAAUAGGUGUAAACUGGAUGUUAGGACCAGGGGAUUAACGGUGAUGUUUGAGAUUAUGAAGACCUACGGUGAGAGCUUUGCCAGCCAUUGGUGGAAAGAUCUGUUCCAGAUUGUGUUCCGUAUCUUUGACAACAUGAAGUUACCGGAGCAACAAAACGAGAAGGCUGAGUGGAUGACGACCACCUGUAAUCACGCCCUGUAUGCCAUCGUGGAUGUUUUUACCCAAUAUUACACCAUCCUCAGUCCUGUGUUACUGACUGAGCUGUACAAUCAGCUCCACUGGUGCGUGAAGCAGGACAACGAACAGCUGGCCCGGUCUGGGACGAAUUGCCUGGAGAACUUGGUCAUCUCUAACGGGUCCAAGUUCUCACCCGAGGUCUGGCACCAGACCUGCUCCUGUAUGCUGGAUAUAUUUAGGUCCACUAUUCCAACAAGUUUGUUAACAUGGAGACCUGAUACAGCAGAGUCAACUUCUAUGGUGUCCAGCCGAGACUCAGAGCUUGAUGCUGAUGAAAGUCAGGAUGCAGUUUCCAUGGACAGCAGUCAUGAUAGCCGAGGACUAGUGAGGGCAGACAGUAACCACAGUGUCAACAGCACAAUAUCCCAGGAUUCCAGAGACCACAAAAUACCUCGUUCUAAAGUGUCAUCAGACCAGAAACUGUUCCAGGGCCUUCUGAUUAAGUGUGUGGUACAGCUAGAGCUGAUCCAGACAAUUGAUGACAUUGUCUUCUUCCCAGCCACAAGCAGAAAGGAGGACGCCGAGAAUCUGGUGGCUGCUCAGGGAGGAUCGACAGAGGAUUUACAAGAUGGCAGUCAGCAGAGGGAGGACCAGGGGAUGUACCAGUUCCUGGCCUCGGACCAGCUCUUCCUCCUGGCUGACUGUCUGCUGGAAUCCCACAAGUUUGCCAAGGCCUUCAACUCCAAUCAUGAGCAGAGGAACAUUCUCUGGAAAGCUGGAUUCCGUGGGAAAGCCAAACCGAAUCUUCUGAAGCAGGAGACACAGAGUCUGGCCUGUCUGUUCAGGAUUCUGUUUAGAAUGUAUAAUGAUGAGUCCAGAAUGGAUGCAUGGAAAGAUGUGGAAAACAUGCUCAUUACGGUUUGUCGAGAGUCGUUGGAGUACUAUCUAUCACUUCAGUCUGACAGCCACAGGGAAGCCUGGGGGAGUCUAAUGAUUCUCCUCAUCACCCGCCUCCUCAAACUAAAAGAUGAUAGGUUUAAAGUUCAUGCAGCAGCAUAUUACAACUUAAUGUGCGAUGUCAUCAUGUUUGACUUGAAAUUGGAAAUGAGGUCCACAUUACGCAAGUUCUUCAGUCGAGCCGGCCACGUUUGUCACAUAUCAAGUAGUUAGCAGAGUUUUAUCUUUAUAUCCAUUGCCCAGGGCUCACAAGACAGUCCAAAGAUCUUUCAUUUUCUGGUAUUAUUUAUGUUGAAGUGUUCAGCACUGCAAGUGCUCUCUUUUCGAAGUGCAUUCAUUGAAUCCUUUUUUUUCAGAAGCCUUUGUAUACAAUACAUAUAUAUAUUUGCAUUAAUUAAUAAAUCUAUGUUAAAAAAAUUAAUAUAUCUUUUUACAUCAUGUUUAGUUAAUUAUUUUAAUUUUGAAAAGAGGUUUAUUAACAGUUAUAUAUAAUUUAACUUCAAUCUUGCUAGGUUUUGGCUUUAUUUUAACACUGUAGCAAGCUAAACUAUUUUAUAAAAUUUAAACAGCAAAUUCAGUGAAAGUAAAAAAGAUGAUUUACCAGAGAGCACAUUCCAUAUCUUUUUUUUUUUAGAGAUGACUAGUAACUGUGAUAAAUGUAGUUAUCUCAAAACUUUGAUUGUCAAGAGCACAUGUAUUACAUAGCCAAAAAUACAUAUGUACAUGCAGAUAUUGACAUAUAUAGCAUUUCUGGUCUAUUUGUCAAGAAUCUAACAUAAAAUUAGGAAUAUGCUUAGCUUAUAAACAUUGAUUAAAUUAUUUGAUUUAAUGUUGAUUAAGAAGAGUUGCAGCUGAUACAUGUACUUCUAACUGAGGAGUUAGAGUGGAGAUACUUUUUUAUUAUCAGUACGUGUGUUCAGAAAAGAUUUUGUUGACCUUGAAAGAAAAUAUAAUUAAGAGAAUUGUCUAUAUAUACUCAAUCCAAAUGUAUUCAGUUUUUUGUUUGUAUACAGUGGGGACCAAUCAUUUAUGGCACAUUUUUUUUGUUUUUCUGCUUUGAUACAUGUACAUUUGUAUACUAGGUAUACAUUGUAUUUAUUUAAACUGAAACAUACUGUACUCACUAACAUAUAGUUCAUUGUUUCAGAGAAAUUGACUUUUCUCAUAUAUCAGAGGGUGAAGCAAACAUGAACAUACCCUUAUAUCCUUCAUAAUUUUAGAUUAUUAUUCAUACAAUUAUAGAGAGAUGUGUAAAUAAAUUGUGUAUAUUUCUCAGUCUGAAAUCUCAUGUUUAUUGUUGUAAAUUGCAUUCAUGUACAUGUAUCUGGUAUGAAUAGUUUUAUAGCAGAAUGUGAUUUACUAAUUUUCUUUUAUUUGAUAUAUGUAUAUUUAUGGCUUUUAAAAUGAAUAAAAGCGAUCCAUCCUCUGAAAA